AUGGAUUCGACGCCGUCGACCAGGAGUAGGAACCGCAGUCCUCGUGUACCGCCCGCAGCAUCGACCCAAAAUCGUAGCGUCGCCCAGCCUCCUGCUCAGAAUGGCUCCACCCAGGACUGGAUAGAACCGCCGCUCGCAUCGCCCAUCCCGAGUUUCGAAGAGCACGGGNGAGGUCCUUACGGAGUCCUCGAGGACAUGCAAGCCCUGGGCAGUCGGCCGACAGCAAAGGUCAGAGGCAGGGUGAAGCCAGACGCUCCUAAGAAAAGCGCUCUGGGCAAAUCUCUUGCCAACCCCAUGGCCACCGCAUCCAACCAGGGCACGCCAGAAGCAACUCCUGCACCUAUGGAUCCUCUGCCCGAACAGCCUCUGGUCAUCGUCGACGAUGAGCGUGAUGAUGACUACACGCCACGUCCGUCCAAGAAGCCUGCGAAAGCCCGUCUCUCGCGCUCAGCUGCCAACACGGUCAAGUCGACUGCUUCGCCGAAGCCCACUACACCUUCGGUCGCAGCCUCUGUGACUCCUGUACCUUCAUCCGUUCCUACCCCUGCCGCCUCGGCCACACCAAGUGCUCCCCCUCCAGCUUCUGUCAAGCGCCCCCUCCAAGACCCGCCUCAGNAAGAAGAGGUUGCAAAGUACCUAGAAUCAUUCGAUCGGACUAUCCCGCUACCCAACGAUGACCAACAGCUUAAUUUGUAUGGGAUUGUAAAAGCUGCUGUCAAAAAGUCUCUCGAGGUCGGGAAUAGGUAUCUCGGUCUCGCUAUUCAGGACGUUUAUCUCGAAAGCUUUUCCAAGCCACAUUUGGUAGAUUUGCUGCAGGGUAUUCUCGACCAGACCUCGACGCCCCAAGAAAUUGCCAUUUUCAGAGAGCAUAUCAACCGGGCCAAAAAGAGGAUAAGGGCUGCUGAAGAGAUGAAAGACAAUGAGGAGGUUGCAAGUGAAGCCAAGCAGGUUUCUUCACUGGCACCCGAGAUGAUUCCGCACCCUUCUAUUGAGACUCAAGCCGUUCCACGAAAACCAAAGAUUUCACUCAAGAUAGGCAAGAGAACAACGCAGAGCGUCACCAAGCCUGCCAAAACCCCAGCACCUCCUCCACCCACAACCAAGCCGCGCACAUCAAGCGUGUCGAGCUCUUCAUCUUUAUCGUCACUCACUUCCAUCGAAGAAGAAAUGCCUCCUUCCGACCCAUUACGAUCAUCAGCACCUGCAGCUGCUCCUACUAUGCUUGCAGCUCCUCCGCAGACAAACGGCUCUAUGAAGCGCUCUUCAAUAGAAGCAGGAAAUGACGAAACCGAUCGCGAAUUUCAAGCGAAGAAGCAGAAGUUUGACCAGACAGUCAACCGUGAUGCUCCUACGGAAGAAAGCCACGUACGACCAGAUCUACCGGCCAUCUCCAGCGCGCACCAAAAUCUGAUCGUACCACCCGUGCAACUUACCGCCAACGGAGCCCACAGCAGAGACAUCCAAGCUGGUGCAGUAUCGCCUUUGACUGAUGUAUCAUCGCCGCUCUCGUCUGCAUCCCGUAACAAUACACCCAAGAGAGCUACUAUGCCUGCCAAGAUGAUGAAAAAGAAAGCCAAAACCAAGCACUCGUAA